AUGUCACUCGUGAGUAGGGGGAGGGGGGAGCUGGUGGAGUGUGGGGUGGUCGGGGGGCGUGUGAAUGCCGUGGAGAGGGACUUUGAGCGUCAACAGCAUGAGCAUGGGCAUGGGCAUGGGCAUGGGCAUGGGCAUGGGCAUGGGUAUGAGCAUGAGCAUGAGCAUGAGCAUGAGCAUGAGCAUGGGCAUGAGGAUGAGCAUGAGCAUGAGCAUGAGCAUGAGCAUCACACCUUCAUUGUCGCAUUACCAUCAUUGCUUUCAUCUUCCAUCACCGCCUCCCGCUGCUCCUCCCCUCUGCACCCCUCCAUCCACCCUCCUGUGUGCGCCGGCAGUGGGCGAGAUGGAGGCGGUGCAGCAGCAGCUGCAGCGAGUGCAGUGGGAGGAGGCGGCAGAGGGGGCGCUCAUGCACCGCGCCUCACUGGACGAGCUGCUGGCGCUGCACACGCAGGGGGAGAGGCUCCCCACGGGCAGUGCAGUGGUGGCGCGCGUGCAAGCAGUGGCAAGCCCCCUGCGGUACAAGUAGCGCCGUCAUCAUCAUCAGUUGCAGCCAGUGCCGGCGAGGCCCCCUGGGUAGUGCCGGCAGCAGCAGCAAGCGCCAGCGUGGACCAGCUCUCCUCGCUGCUCACCCAAGGCGCGGCGCUGGGCGUGGCGCUGCCCUACCUCCCUGCUGUGCGCGCGCUGCUGCAGCGCCUGCACUGGGAGGUCGCCGCUCAUGACAUGCUCUCUGCCACAGCAGAUGAUGCGGUGGAGAGUGGUGGUGUGGCGCAGGACAGUGCGGUGCAGGGUGGUGGUGAGAGGCGAGGCAAGCCCAGGAUGGAGGAGAUGGAGGCACUGGUGGCGGCUUACCCACUCCCUGAUGCGCCCGCCCACCCUCCACCCCACCCAACGCCAUCAGCACCACCACUACCACCAGCAGCUCCAUCCGAGGGCCUUGCUCAGCCUGCUGCGUCUGCUCCCUCUCUGCCCCCCUCGGCGCGCCUCUCCCUGCUGCGCUCCGCUCUGGUGGACGCUCGGCAGUGGGUGCAGGCGGCCAAUGAGAUGCUGACACGUGGCCCUGUGAUCCAGCUGUGUGUGUGCGCGACAAGUGCCACCAGCUCAGCACCGUCAUCGCCUCCCACAGUCCCUGUGAUGCUGCCCGCUGAUGCGUUCACUGUUGUGCCUUCCACUCCUAGUGCAAACACACACCCCCUUGCGCCCACCUCCCUCCACGCAUGUCCCCCACCUACCAGGGAGUGGGCCAGCGAGGUGCAGCGACUGCUCUCCCCAUGCCUCCCUGCGCCCUCCUCACCGCCGCUGCUGCCUCGUGCACCUGUCACGACACUUGCGCACCUCAAGGACGUUCAGGUGCGGGGCGGCAGCAGUGUGGUGGCGAGCGGGGAGGCCCAGCAGGUGCAGUGCGCAGUGGCAGCGCUGGACGACUGGCUCGCUGCCUGCUGUGCCGCGCUGCAGGGGGCCACUGAAGAGGGCGAGGGGCCGAGAGGGGCACCAGGCGUGGGCGCUGCUGGAAGUGUCUCCUCGUGGGACGCCGUGUGCUGGUGUGCGCUGCUGCACCGCGCCCAGCCUGCCUCUGCUGCUUCUGCUGGUUCCUCUGGCAACAGGGACGGGCAGGCGGGAGGAGGAGGCGGGGAGGUGCGAGUUCGUGGGAAGCGCAGUGGUGGGAGGAGAGCUGCUGCUGCUGUUGUGGGGCGGGAGGGCGAUGGUGGUGGUGCGUUGGGGCGGGAGAGUGGUGGUGGCGGUGUGGGGAUGACAGGGGAGAGGAGGGAAGAGAAGGCAGAAGAGGCGAGAGGAGAGAGGGUAGGGGGUACGAGAGGUGUGUUGGAGUGGGCCGACGAGAAAUGGGAGGGGAGCAAGGGAGAGGCGCGGCUGGUGAAUGGACGUGGGACGAAGGGCGGACACAUGAAGGAUGCACAUGCUCUCAUCUGUGAUGGGUGCACCAUGAGAUUCCACACCGACUGUCUCGCGUACUUGGAUGACGCUGCUGCCUCCGCCUCUCAAGAGCACCAGACACAGCAGCAGCAGCAACAGCUGUUGGAGCAGAAGGGGGGUAAGCGAGAGGCGGGUGGGCAACAGCAGGCACUGGCAGAGCAGAGUGAUGGGCCUCACCGCGUGCCCCGUGUGUCGCUGCGGUGCUUGGAGGACCUCCUCUCACGCGCUGUCUCUCUGCACCCCAGGAUCGCAGCCGUGCACAGCUUGGAGCUGCUCGUCCAAUCAGCAACGCGCUGCUGUCACUUGCUGACAUCAGCACUCUCCACCACCCUGUCCUUGCCACGUCAUGCCGAACCCGUGCCUCCCUCCAUACUCAGCUGUCUGCUUCAGGUGGCCUCUUGUCUUCCGCUCCACAUGCCCCUUGCCUCUCCGCCAUCGCUCUCCUCCACCUUGCCUGCCCGUGCUGCCACACCAGCGCCACCACUUCCAGUUGCACAACAGGCUGCAACGCAGGCAGCAAAGCAAGCAGCAGGGCCUCUUGCCUCGUGGCUGCUGCACGUGAAUGCACUUCUCUCACCACCCACACGCAUGCCGCAGCAGCAGAUGCAGGUGCAGGUGCAGGUGCAAGGGGGCCUUGUAAAGCAGGUCACUGGUACUGCUGCCGCUGCCGCUGCAGGGGCGAUGACUGUUGGAGUAGCGGCUGGAGGGCAAGAGGAGGUGCGGCAGUUGGCAAGGCAGAGCGGCAAGGAUGGUGGAGGAGGGGCGGCAGUGCCCACAGUGCCAGCGGCAGUGACAGUGGUAGCGGAGGAGGCAGGGACAGGCUGCUCUGUUGAGGCGGGCAGCACGCUGGCAUCGGUGCAGAGGGCAGUGGCCGCCCACUGCUGGAGGGCUGCCACGUGUAACGCUCUCAUUGGCUGCCCACGACCCCGGCCGUCCACCCUGGCACAGCUAGUGCAGACGGGCUCGCACACAGUGGGCGCAGCGGAUGCCAUCCUCCAAGAAGCCACAAGGCAACACGUGGCAGCUUCUGAGUGGCUGGCUCGCUUCUCCAAGGCACACACGUCUCAGUCACAGGCAUCUGAUCGCCAGGCCGCCCAGCGCCUGUCACAUCUGCGCGCGCUCAUCAGCCAGGCCACUGCCCUGCCUGUGGACCUGCGCCCAGAGAUCAAGGUGGGCAGCCAACCUGCUGUCAUUGUCAUGUCACCGCCCUGCUGCUCACCCAUUGGUGCUGACCAACAUGCUGACCCAUCCUCGGAAGCUGCAGCGCCGCCGGGCAGCGCAGACGCCCCGGCAGGUGGGGCCACCGUCACCACAGCUGCUGCCUGCGGUAUGAAGGGCUCGGGGCUCAAGGGCUCGGGGCUCAAGGGCUCUCGCAGUGGCAAGCGGAAGCUGGCGGCAGCAGGGGAAGGAAAGGCAGCGCGCGGGGCAAGAGCAGGAGCAGUGGCCGUGGGACGUGCAGCAGAUGCAGGUGGAGCGAGUGUGAGUGUCGCUCCCAGUGGUACAUUCGGUGCCACUAAUUUUGUAGCAGCCAGCGGUACCGCCACUACUGCCAGCGCUGCAGGCAGAGCCAGUGGUGCCACGGCUGCAGCAGCCACCAAGGGCAAGAGAAGCCCUCGCGCCCUGCAGGCAGCCGUUCCGUGCAACGCCAUGCCCGUGUGUCCUGCAGCCAUCCCCCCUGGCUCUGCUGUACCAUGCCAGCCUGCCCCGGCUUCCUGCAUCGCCGCACCGUCACUGCCUGCCUGCUCCUCCUAUCCCCAACCCACCGAUGCAGCCCGCAUGCACUCUCAACCUCUCUCCCCUGCUUUCCGUGACACCCCUACCACCUCCGCUGCUGCUCCUCUGCUUGCACCCCUGGCAUCGCCACCUGCCUGCCCGGCUGCCCCAGGGAACGAGGGAGAGGCAGGCGUGAGACAACCCGCCCUCAAGCAGCCGUGUCUCUCCUUCCCCGUGCUGAAGAAGCGGCGCAGCGACCGACCCAAGCCACCUGCCCUCGUAAGGGCCGAGCCACCUGCUGCUGCCGCUGCCACUGCCACACACCCUCCUGCUCCUCCCAAUGCACCUGCUGCUUGCGCUCUUGGCCCCACUCCUGCAGCUGCAGCUGCUGCUGCUGCUGCUGCUGCUGGCACUGCUGCCCGCUCUGUUGGCAUCACUGUUCCCUCUGCAGGUGUGUCUGCCAGUGUGGCAACCAAGGUUGCCAGCUCAGCUGGCAAGGCUGGCUGCCCAAAAGGGAAGGAGGGCACGCGUAUAGGAGAGGGGAAGGCGAGCCCUCUGCCGCAUGAAAGCGCAACUCUGGUGGCAGCAGAGGGUGUGACAGCUGGCGGUGCGUGGCAGCAUGGCAGGGCGAGUGAGAGUGCGAGUGUGGGGCGAGAGGGUGCAGAUGGUGGUGCAGUGGGUGGGAGCAGGGGAGGCGUGGUGGUGGAGGGAGGGGCGGGUGGAGGAAGGCGGUCGGUGCGCAGCACAGCAGGCCGGCACCCUGGCUUCGAUGGAUUCCUGCUGCUGCCCCGCAUCCGAUGA